GGCUACCAACCGUGCGAUCCUCAGAUCAUCUGCAACCGCGUCCACCACGUGCAGGCGUGCCUGGAGGAGCUGCGCGCGCUGGCGGCCAAGCGCAGGAAGGAGCUGGAGGACUCGCGGCACCUCUGGACCUUCUUCCAGGAGAUGGAGGAGGCCGAGGCCUGGAUCCGCGAGAAGGAGAAGAUCCUGGCCACCAGGAGCUGCGGCCGCGACCUCAGCAGCGUCCUCACCUUGACCACCAAGCACAAGACCAUGCUGGGCGAGCUGGGCAACCGCCGCGCUCUGCUCCACCAGACCAUGAAGAAAGGCGAGAAGAUCCUGGCCAAGAAGCCCUUGGGCUCCGCGGGCAUCCAGGAGAAGAUGCGCGAGGUCUGCCUGCGCUGGAAGAAGCUGGAGGAGAUCACGGGGCUCCACCAGCAGCGCCUGGAGGACGCGCUGAGCUUCUUCCAGUUCAGCGCCGACACGGACGACCUGGUGGCGUGGCUGCAGGACAUCUACCGCGUGGUGUCCAGCGAC